UCGGCGGGCGGGACCGCUUUACGGCAAGAUGGCGGAGUCGCUGGUGUGUGAGGAGACGGGAUGCAGGGUGAGUUCUGUCCUUAACCGUAAUGUGAAGCAAUUUGGAAAGAAGUUCUUGUUUGACCAUAAUGAGGAGACCUGCUGGAACUCAGAUCAGGGCACCUGCCAAUGGGUGAUGCUUGAGUUCCCUCAGACUGUAAAGGUGACUGAAUUACAGCUCCAGUUCCAAGGUGGAUUCACAGGCAGAACAUGCAGACUCGAAGGUGGCAGAAAGGAAGCCAAUUGGGUGAAAAUUGCCGACUUCUACCCCGAAGACACAAAUCGCCUGCAGAGAUUCUCCAUCCGCGAGGAAUCCAUCGCUGAUAAAUUAAAAAUCAUAUUUGAGAAAAGCACGGACUUCUUUGGAAGAAUUGUUGUCUAUCACCUUGAUGUUCUUGGUGAAAAAUUGUUGUAACGUAUCUGAUUACACUCACCUACUGGAGAAUAGAAAGCAGCUGGAGUUGGGGAUUCCCAGUCACACUAUCAGUGCCUCGUGAUGUAUAAACUCUAGUGUGAUGCAUCGCCUGGUUUUCGCUAAUUCAGACUGAAACUUGCCUUGGAUCAGUGAGAGGGGAAGAAUUUUCUUUUUGACAAAGAUACGGGAAAAGUGGCUGGAUUAAUGGUAUUGAAAAUAUAAAAUAGCACACAUUUUUAUCACA